UGUUAAGAAGAUAAAGUAGAAUAUUCACAAAACAACACAAUGGUUUAUUACCAAUCAACACCAUUAAUUAUAAAAUCAGAACAACCUAGUCAGGCACAACUGUGUGCACCUCUCAGAAAUAAUCAUGAUCCACAACAACAUCAUACCAUAACUAACAAUAGUUAUAUACUUAAUAAUGUUAAUAUAACAGCAAUGCAACAACAGCAACAACAACAACAUCACCAACAGCAACAAAUGUCGUCACACAACAUUAACUCUACAACAAGUAUUACAACAACAAAUCAUCAGCAACAACAACAGCAACCACCACAAUAUUUAACAAAUAUUAAAACAGAAUUAUUACCAUCGGGUAUAACAUUAUAUGCCACCACACAACCUGCUUCCUUAACAUCACCUUCAACAACAGCAACAACAACAACAACGCCAAAUUCAAUACCAACAUCUACAAAUAAUGUUAGCAGCAGUACUCCUACUUCCACUACAACGCCAGGACGUAAAACAAAUCCUAAUAAACCACAAUUUAAAUGUGAACAAUGUGGCAUGACUUUUGGUAGUAAAUCGGCUCAUACUUCCCAUACCAAGUCUCACGCUAAAAAUGGUGAUUUAAGUUUAAUCAGCAAUGCCACAAAUAAUGGGGCCAAUUCGCCACCAUUGGCAGGAGGAGUAGAGUUAAAUGAGGCUGGCUUACCCAUGGGCAUACCAAAGACACCACAGAUAAAGCCCAAUGCUAAUGCGGCCUCUAACGGUGGUGAUCCCUAUCAGUGUAAUGUCUGUCAAAAGACAUUUGCUGUGCCUGCAAGACUGAUUCGUCAUUAUCGUACCCAUACUGGCGAAAGACCCUUCGAAUGUGAGUUCUGUCACAAACUCUUUAGUGUCAAAGAGAAUCUACAAGUACAUCGCCGCAUACACACCAAAGAACGUCCUUAUAAGUGUGAUGUCUGUGGUCGUGCCUUUGAGCAUUCGGGCAAAUUGCAUCGUCACAUGCGCAUACACACAGGUGAACGACCGCACAAUUGUUCGGUAUGCGAUAAGACAUUCAUACAAUCCGGUCAAUUAGUGAUACACAUGCGCACGCAUACCGGUGAAAAACCAUAUAAAUGUCCGGUAGAAGGUUGUGGUAAGGGUUUUACCUGUUCGAAACAAUUGAAAGUGCACUCACGCACGCAUACGGGCGAGAAACCAUAUCAUUGUGAUAUUUGUUUCCGUGAUUUUGGUUAUAAUCAUGUUUUGAAAUUGCAUCGUGUGCAGCACUAUGGUUCGAAAUGUUAUAAAUGCACUAUAUGCGAUGAAACGUUUAAGAGCAAGAAGGAAAUGGAGGCCCAUAUUAAGGGUCAUGCCAAUGAAAUGCCAGAUGAUGAAGAAGAGGCCAAUGGUAAUGGGGCAGUGUCUUCGGUUUCGACUUCAUCGGGAGCGGAAACCAAUUCCGGACCAAAUUCACCACAAUCGCCCAGUUCCAGUAUUGGCACUACUACCACCAACACCACCAGCAAUUCGGCAAAACCACGCAAACCGAGAAAGGAAAAAUUGAGCAGUAGCAGCAGUACUCAAUCGGUGGGUCCCUUAAGUCCUGGUUCGCCUGGUUCACCCAUAUCCUCUUCUAUGUCUCCCUCUUCUUAUGCCUCGGGCUCUAGACUAUCGGCUGCCUCUCCCACUUCAUCGGUGGCCUCACCCACUAUGUCUUUGAGUUUGGAGGCUGAUCACCAUAGUCGUGACAGUGGCGUGGCCAGUGGUUCUAUACCUUGCAAUACCAACCGUCAAUUGGCUGCUGUUUCUUUGGUGGAUCUAAGUCAUCAGGGAGGUUUUCCCAUUUCAGAUGAAAUGCCUACCGACUUAAGUGUUACACAAAAUCAUCACAUUAAUGAAGAUUCACAGCUACAGCAGGGUCUCAAUGGUCACCAACCAACUCCAGCACAUCUGAGCUAUCAUUACCAAAGCACUCCUUCGCCUCAACAUCAAACGCAACAUCUACAGCAACAACAACAACAACAGUAUCAUUAUCUUAAUAACGCUACAAGUCCAUCACAUAACAACGAGCUGCAACAACAUGCUACAUUAGCAUCACCUCAGCAACAUCACCCCAUACGUUAUGAACAACAGCCCACUAUUAAUCCGGCACUUUUAGAAGCUGCCACCAUAGCCAGUCGUCGUGAGGACGAUGUUCAACAGGCCGCCAUACAAAUAAUGCAAUUACAUCAUUCUCAACAGAAAUCGAAUAGCAAUCAAUUGACCUCGACUCAUAUAUAUAAUAAUCUACAUCACAAAUCCUUGAUUAGACCCCAACAGGAACAACAUCAUCCCGAUUUGGUGAAAUCAAUGGUUAUGAGUAAUUUAACCGAGAAUUUAAUGGAUCAUUAUAAGAGAGAUGAGCUAACGAGACAUGUGGGUGGCUUGGCCAAGGGUUAUGCACCAGUACCGAAGUUUGAGCCCUCCUUGCAUGAUAAUGAAAUCAUUUUACGUCAAGUGGAGGCAGCUAUAGCACCUCUUCGAUCAUCUACCGCUUCGCCCGAUAGAUCUUCAUCACCCGAAAGUGAUAUGAUGCUAAUGGCCGAUCGUGAUGUCAUGACUUUGCCGCUAAGAAAACGCAAACUCUAUAUGAGUGAUUGCGCCGAUUCGGCCGAAAAUGAAAACACUAAUGCUGGUGCUAAAGAACUGAAUCCCAAAGUUAUGAGACACAGUUCGGUAAUACAAUUUGCUAAAGCCUCAUAGGAGGAGGAAUUGCAACUGCACCAGGAAACUGCAAGUAAACAGAAAAAGGUUAGCAUUAGCAAACCGUUAAAUCAUGAUAUCAAUAAAUUCAACAAAGGAAUAAAUAGUUAAUAAGGAUUAAACUAUUAAAACCUAAACCACAAGACUGCUGCAUAAAUGAAAAACAAAAAAAAAAUUCGUAAAAAUCG